AUGCAUUGCUCAACACCGAAGCAUGGGCCAAUCCAGCCCACCCAGGACAGGCACCAGUCCAUGGCGCAGCACCAACAGCGGCUCAAAUUGCAGAAACUAACAAGCUCUUUGCAGCAAACGAAAAACACUUUUCUCAUCUUCAGAGGAACCGAAACAGCGCUCAAGAAGCAGUUGCUGGAAACGGUAUCUGACACCUUCACCAAAACACUCAAACACAAGAUGUACGGCUAUGCACAAGUCACCGCCCGUGAAAUCCUCGCUCACUUAGAUGCAGCAUACGGCACAGUGGACGCCGAUGACAUCAAGGACAACGAAAAACGCAUGAACGCUACCUGGAAUCCUUCCCAACCAAUCAAAGACCUCUACAAUCAAGUCAAGGACGCCCAGAAGUUUGCCGCCGACCAUGAUGAUAUCUCCGAAAAAAAAGAGCAGUCAGCGCCAUCAUCGAGAACUUAA